CUUGGUUGAACUGUGAUUAGAUUGUAAGUGAAGGAAAAGAAAGUUAGUGACAGUUGAUAAGAAUCAGGAGUAAGUGACAAAUGAAAACAAAGUGUAAGAAAGAAGAGUAAUUAUACGGUAUAACUAAAGUUUGACCUGUUAACUUGGCCAAACCAAAUAAUUCCAAUGAAAAAUUAUCUCAGGUAUCUGAAUUACCUGGGUGGGGUAUUAUCGUCAAGUUAAAUGGUUUCCUUUUUUGUAUGUUCCAUGCUUCUAAACUGUAUUUUUGUAAAGGGUUCUCAAGAGGCUAUUAUAUUAUCAGAGAGGGUCAAGGAAUUCUGCCUGGGUUCAACUGAUUAAAAAGCAAACAAAAACAAGUUGACUAUUCAGUUGUGUGGAGAGGCAGUUCAGUCAAAUUAUAAAACUAGAAAGACUCUUAAAAGGCUUUCUACUUGGAUUCUGUAGCUUUAGGCUACUGUUCAGUCUGCUCAUCCAGAAAAAUAAUUGUAUUUCCUAUUUUAAAACACGGCUAAAGUUGCAAGAUUGCAGUUUCCUUUGAUAGCUAUUAUAAGUUUAAUCAGCCUAAGUUCUGUGCAGUUGAUCAAACUCGAUUUCUUUUAUAGAGGAAAUGAGGCUUGUUCAGAGUAUGCCUCAGGGGUUCCUAGAGACUCAGGUGUGGGUAGCAUAGCAAAAAAACUUUGGCCAGCUAGUUAAUUUUAUGGAAGGUGAGGCAGGAUUAAACGACAUCCGCCAAAGAAUUCACUGAGACGUUUCACACAUAUAAUUUACAACAAAAAGAUGUACAGUUUGGAUUUUAAUUAGUGACGUUCUAAAUCCAGCCCCCUUGUCAGCGGAGCAAUAAGGUGAACUGCAGGAAGGUCCAGCCCCGGACACGUGGGGCAGAGCCAGCCAGGGAGGCUUGGAGCUGUUGCUCUGUGCAGCCCACGCAAGGAUGUCUCCUAGCCUUCAGGAAGGUGUUCGACUUGGGGAAGGCAAACCCUCACCCUGCCCCUUUUCAAUUGAGAGUAUCUUAGGACUGGACCAGAAGAAAGACUGUGUUCCAUCCACGAAACCCCACAGGCCCUGGGCUGACACCUGCAGCUCUUCAGAGAAAGAAGUUAACCUAUGUCUACAUGUCCCCACUCUUCCCAAUGGGAUCUCAUUACCUCAAACUGUGGAUCACUCGGUGCAGGAAGAAAGUGUUUUGAAAUACGAAGAUUACUUUUCACCCUCAGAGAGACUUUCUUUGAAAAGAGAGUUGAGUUGGUAUAGAGGCCGAAGACCCAGAACUGCUUUUACUCAAAACCAGAUUGAAGUGUUAGAAAAUGUCUUUAGAGUAAACUGCUAUCCUGGCAUUGAUAUCAGAGAAGACUUAGCUCGAAAACUGAACCUAGAGGAGGACAGAAUCCAGAUCUGGUUCCAAAAUCGGCGUGCAAAGCUGAAAAGGUCCCAUAGAGAAUCACAGUUUCUAAUGGCAAAAAAAAAUUUCAACACAGAUCUCCUGGAAUAAAUAGAAGACUAAACAUGUGGAAUUAUCUUCCAGUUGCAGAACAUGAAGAAUUAAUGGAAAUAUCAAGUGUUGAAAAUGUUAUGUUUUCUGUGUUUAAUCUGAGUAUUGUCAUUUUAAUUGGAAAAUAUAUUGUAAAUACUUACUGUUAUAACAUGGUACCUGUUAUACUUGGGCACUGUUAGUUAUAAUAAAGGCCUUUCCUAUAUAUUUUAAUAAACAUUUGCAGAAAAAGCCAGUUAUUUUUGGUGAACAAAUUUAAUCAAAUAAAUUAAUUUGUUGAAAUCAGUAAACUCAUAGCUAAUUGACUCUACAACUGGAUUCCAUUUACAAAAUAAUUCAAGUCAAAUAGUCUG